CAGCGGAGACUGUGGAAGAGAAGAGAGGACAAAGACUGGGGUUAUUCGCCUUUCCCCUGAUUUCUUCUUGCCUUUAGAUUUUCUUUUAAAAAUAAAAACAAAAAUCUCCACGCAGAUACCCUACAAGAGAUUCGAUGUGGGAAGAGAAUUACAUCCAGGAACCAUGGAAGGUUGAUGUUCAAUGAGAGAAGGAACUUUUUGCAGAGAAUGUGGAGAGGAAGCAGAGCCAGGAAAGGAGCAGAGGACUAUGUAGGAAUUCCCGACUGAAGUCAUGGGUUCGGAGGCAAUGGAGGACUGCGUGCAGGGGGCGCUCUCGUCUCUUUAUCCCCCCUUUGAGAGCACGGCGCCACCCCUCCUCUCCCAGGUCUUCUCUGUUUUGGAGUCAACCUAUCAACACGACAGUCUCCGCUACCUCCUCGACUACUUCGUACCUGCCAAACACCUCCUGCACAAGCUCCAGCAGCACGCCUGUUCUCAGUAUCUGGGCUGCUUGUUCCUGCACUCCGGCUGGCCUCUCUGCCUGGGGGAGAAGGUGGUGGUCCAGCUCUCCACCUUGGACUGGAGGCUUCUGCGCAGUAAUGACUUCUACCUGCAGGUGGUGCCCUUCUCGACGCGCUGCCCCCGGCUGGCCCUCAAGUGCUUGGCCCCUGGCGGUCGCACGGUCCAGGAAGUUUUAGUGCCCGAGUCGCAGCAUCCUCUCGUGUUCACCUCUGAGUGGCUGCAUAGCGUCAACAAGGAGCGGGGCCACAAGCGAGAAGUGGGCGGGGGACUUGACACCUGCUUGGUCAGCACAUCUGAUGGUGUGCUACGACUUCCAUGGAAAGAGGUUGUCUACCCGAAGUUCAUCCAUGACCCAUCAGAGGAGUUAGGCCUCAUGGCAGACGGCAAGGGCCUGAUGACCAAGCGCCUUCCCAGUGAGGGGAGCAGCAGCCUCGGGGGCUGGGGUGGUUCAUCCUCAGGGGAACCGGACUCCUGGUCCUGGGAUGAAGAAGAUGAUGAUCUACCACCAGACGGCUUGGACUCAGACCCUGCGCUCCAACGGAGGCGUAGCGAAGAUGGCCUUGGGCGGACUGCGAGACAGCCUCAACUCGAUGGAGAUUAUGUGGAGCUUCUGGAGCCCAGAAGUGGCCCCGAGGGAAGGGUUGAUCCAAGGCAGAGGUACCUGGAGAUGCAUGGGAUAUGUAAGACCAAAACCUUGCCUCUGUGCAAGAGAGGUAAGGCCAUCAAAGUUCGCAAAGGGAAAGUUUGGGGUUAUGGGAAAACAGAAAGGUCCGGAAGCUUUCGGGGGAUUUUUGGUGCUAAAGGAGACGCGGUGGCCCACAAGGAUGGCGUGGUACCACCAAAGCCUCCAUCAGGAGUUGCAGGGCUUAACAGAGGAAGACGGUCUUACUCCUCCUCGGUCCAGGACUCAGAUGAAGGAGAUAAAACAAUCAGAGGCUCUGAAGGACAUGAAAGCCAUGGGAUUUAUUUUGAUGGUCCAUUCAAAGAGAGGAGGCCUGGGGUGGGCAGAGAGAGAGACAGCAAUGGCUUUGCACAGCCUUCCAGAGAUGACCACAGGAGUAAAGACUCCCCGAGCAGCGACAGCGUAGUCACUAAUGACGUCUUUGACUUAACAAACCACAAAGUCGGGCCUGUUUCAGAGGGCCACUCGGAUCAUGGAUCUCACUCAGACUCUGUUUUUGAGGACACUGAUAAACCACUGAGCGGAGACAGUGAUGCUGUCACCCCGACGUCAGACGCACCAGAGAGGCCAUUCCCUGGAGUUUCUAAAGGGGAAGACAUUUCCAACACUCGGUCUAAAAUGAAGAGUACGUCCAAGCCAGAGGUCUCAAGCGAAAGGGACGAAGGAAAGACUGAGGACAGAGUGUGUCCUCGAGGGAAAGAAGUUAAAACGGCAGGAUUCAGAGCACCAAGGAGGAAAAGGAAGGGAAAGGGCGCCAAAGGGAGGGCUAGGUCUGGUGGCCGAGCAAACCAGAAGGGCUCAAAAUUGCAGGGUAAAGCUCCUCAACAAAGCCCCACCACCUGCUCUGCUCCGCCAAAGAUGCCAAUUACGGAGGAGAAGCAGUCUGAACAAACAGAGCAGGCUGAUGAACCGGAUGGAGCGCCCACAACAGCUCAUAAAGGGAACGGGAACACAACCAAAAGCAGCACAGAGUCAGAAAUCAAAUCUUUGCCUGACUCUAAUGACCAAUCUGACCCAUCUUGCUUUAACCACUCUACUGAGGAGGCGGCGUCAGCGGAGACUUGUCCUGACCAACAAAAUGGUGUUACCUCUAAAGAGCCCGCCCUGCUCAGGGAAGUACACGCAGACCUCCUCCAGUCAGGGACGCUACAGCUGACAGGUACAGUGGACAGGCUGGGGCGCGCUCUCAUUCUCGCAAAGGCGGACUCAUUGCAGGAGGGUGUCUGCGCGGAUGAGAUGGCUCAGAUUCUGGCCUGUUACCACAGAAUCACUCGGCCUGCAGCCAAAGAAAAAGGUCUGACGGUGUUAAUGGACAGCAGAUGCUCACCGCCAUCUGCUCUCUGCCUGUCUGCCCUUAAACUGUUCCAGGUGCUGGUUCCUGACGGUCUCGGCUCUGUGCUGGUUCUAGUGGGAGAGCAGCAGGAGACACUUUCCACUAAUCUCCAAGGAGCAGAGACCCACACGGUGCAGGGAACAGCGGUCCUUCAGCAGUAUGUGGAUAAGCAGCAGCUGCCCGAGGAGCUGGACGGAGACUUCAGCCACUGUCACUCGGAGUGGCUGGCUUUCAGACUGAGUCUGGAGAGUCUGACGGAGCGCUGUGAGAGCGCACUCUCACUGCUGGGAGAAGCGCUGCAGGCGAUGGAGGCUGAGCCGAUGCCAGACAACAUACAGGCGAUUCCCCAGAGCAUCGACAAGCACCGGCAGCUCAUGGCGAGCGUCCUGGCCGACCAGCGGCUGACUGAACUGCAGCAGAGGGGCGGGGCCUGGCUGGCCGGACUCACCAACAGCUCGUCCGGCCUGGCGCACAAGUCGCCGGACUGCAGGGCCGCUCUGGCCGCCACCUCCAAGCUCUACGACAGCGUGGACGACGCCCUCCACCGGCUGGUCCAGGUCUCCAACGAGAGGGGACGCGACCUGGAGGCGCUGGGACGACUGGCGGGACUGGUGGACAAACUGGAGAAGUGCGAUAAGGAGAUUGAGCAAGUGCAGUCCCAGCUGGACGACUACAAAGACCCCCCCCUCUCCCUCAGCAGACUGUCGCUCAAGCAGCAGAAAUUCAGGACGUUCAGAGAAACAGCCAACGAGCUGCACGGCGAGACUCUGUCGGUGCUCAGCAGCUUGGAGGGCUGGUGCGAGCUGAACUGGGCCGGCCUAAGCGCGGUCCAGAUCCGGCUGCCUCCGGUCCGGGAGAAGCUGAGAGACAUGUCCCACUGCCUGUCGGACUGCUGGACCACUCUGGACAACACGCAGCGCCUGCUGUCCACGCUCACCGAGGCCACCCAGUGGUGCGAUGCCGUCUCCUCCACCUCCUCCUCCGGUUCUCCGUCCCCCUCCUCGGCCUGCCCGCUCGCCUCCCUCCCCCCGAUCCCCCCGUCGCGCUUCCAGGACGCCCGUUCCUUGGCCCUGGAGCUGGGCGGCGGGGCGCUCCUGGACCUGUGGACGCAGACGGUGGAGCGCUACCAGCGGACCGUGGCCCAGGUCAAGCCCCGGUUCCUCCAGUCCGACCGGACGCAGAACCAGAACCAGGGGAAGGCCAAGACCCCGUCGGCCAGCAGCCUGUGGGACCUGAUGGGCCCCGAGGGAGAGGGCGACUGGGGGCUGGGCGCCGGCGGAGGGGAGGGCGACCUGCAGUCCUGGGGGUCCCUGGCAUCGCUGUUCCGGCCGCAGACCUGCUCCACGCUCAAGAUCGGGGAGGAGAAGGGGAGCAAGAAGGAGGCGGCGGCGGGAGGAGGGGGAGGGGGAGCCGGAGGAGGAGGGAAGUUCCUGCAGAACCUUCUCAAUCCAGCCAAGAAGAGUCCCUCGGACGCCCCGCUCCCCCCCAAGCCCCCCAGGAAGCGCCACCCCAGCUUCGACCUGCAGGCCCUCCUGGCCCCCCGCAGGGCCCAGGCGGCGCCCAAGUCGGCCGAGUCCCCGGUGGGCGGCGUGAGCCGCAGCUCGCCGCUGUCGUGGCUGGGCCGCCGGGCGUUGGCCGACCCGGUGGUCACCACCAGCAUGGCGGCGGCCCUCCCUGGCUGGGGCGGGGGCGGAGGAGGAGGGGGGGUGUUGAUCCGGGGCGUGGAGGUCAGCAGCAAGGAGGUGGUGGAUCACACGGGGUCGCCACGGCAACACGUCCUGCUGGGGAGAACGGACAGGGAGACGGGGGCAGAGAAGGCGGGAUCCACCGCACAGAGUAAGCUGUACCUGCUGUGGUGCAGGAUGCUGAGCUCCGAGCGGCAGUACGUCACCGUCCUGAGGGGGGUGGAAGAGACGUACCUGCCUCUGCUGGAGCUCUCCGACACGCCGGCCUCCAUCAGGGGGAAGGCGGAGGCCCUCUUCCCCAACUGGAGCAGCCUCAGUGCCUUCCACUCCCAGAGCCUGCUGCCCGCCAUGGAGGGGGCGCUGGUGCAGAGCCUGCUGCAGCAAGACUGCUUCAGCAAAUACCGGGAGCAGUUCCUGCAGUACUCCGACUACAUCAGGUCCAAACCUGAACUGGAUUCUGCUCUGGUCACACAGGCCGCGGACUUCUUUAAGCAAUGCUACCGACACAGAGUCCACAGUAGCUGCUCAGACUCCUCCUCCGUUGGCAGCCAGAAGGAGGGGGGAUCCCCGGCAUCUGGGAGGGACCCCAGGACAAGCUCCGGAUCAACGAGCUACUCACAGAGCCACUCCCCCUCCACCGCCGUGUGAUCGCCAUCUCAAUUAAAAGACUGGACUCUGGAUUUUUUUUUUUCCCUUCUGGUUUUGAAGCUUCACACAUCUCUGAUCCAAACUGGACUUCAAGGAGCGAGAAGACAAAAGAAAACAGCCCUUUGAUUGUAAUUGAACUUCUCCCACAACCUGGCUCUCCUGGCCCUUUUUUUUUUUUUUUUUACCCCUUUGUAGCCUUCACCUCCUCAAAGAUAAAUAAAAUGCCAGCAGAUUAGGCGGAGCUGCACUGCACUUGCUUUUUCUUUUUUCUUUUUCUUUUUUUUUUGUUUAAACCUCCCAGCUCGAAUCCAAUCUCCCUUGAAAAGGAAAAAGCUGCCUCCAAAAAAAGCAUCAAAAAUUGCCCUGGCUACACCAUGACAAGCACCAGCAGGGCUCUCUGCACUCCGCCAUUUUGGAUCUGCCAGUCUCAGUUGCUGGCAGAGUCAUCGACACCAAAGGCACUUCAGCCACACAGUGCGGCCAUUGUCUGCCCCGCAGCUCCCCACUAGGCCAAACCACUUGGUCUGAACCACUGACUGCCCGGCUGGCUGACUGUACGCAUCACAUGCUCCAGGAUCUGAUAAUAAACAGGAAGUAAUAUGCAAGCCGUAAAUACGGCAUGGGAUUGCAGAUUUAGAAUGUAUUGUGUGCUUUAUCAUCCUCGUAACACUGAACGGAGUACUGUAGGCUUUCUUUUUUUCUCCCUGGCCUGCCUGGAAAUGCAUGGCUUAGGCAAGGUGUGAUUGCAUCUAUGUAAAUCAGGCAACAGUGGCGUGACGACACACACACAAACACACACACACACACACACACACACACACACAAUGUCAGUCAACACAUGCAGUCCCUCUUAUUGUUAUAAGACAGUGGAGCUCUGUUCACAUUGGCAUGCUGGAGCUCUCGCUGUGGCCGGUUUAGCCUGGUACAGUGGCUAAAUGAACGACAGGCAAGGUUGCAUCUGACAUGUACGGUGAGCGUUGCCUUGAUGAAGAACAGGACUGUUUCGCAGCAUCAUAUCUGACUGCUAUAAACCCCCAUGAAGUAUUUGUGUAAGCUAGCCGUAUUUAGUCCUCUUUAAAGUGUAACUGCAAACAUCUUGGUGCCUUUUGAACGUCUCUCAGUGUGCUAAUAAGUACUGAAACUCAAAUGAUCGCCGUACAUUUUAUUAUAAGAUGCCACAUUCUGUAUGCCAAAGGUAUCAAGGGUGUCGGUGCAAUGCUGAUUUGUGUACAAACAGAUAUUAUUGAGUAGCUUUCCAGACUGAUAUGCUCUCUCUUUCUCUCUUUCUCCCUCUCUUUCUCUCUCUCUCUCUCUUUCUCUCUCCAUAAAAUGGAGGAAGGUGGAUUGAUUUUUAGAUGUCAGCUCACUGGUUUCGUUGUCGUGGCCAGAAGAAAUGAACUACAUCGCUUCACUUCACUCCCAACAGUUGAUUCAAUCAAAUCUGACUCCUUUUUCAGCUUCAUGGCUUUUAGAUGAAAGCUGGAACAGAACGUCACAGUGGGGUUUACGUUUCCCGGCCGUCCGCUGCGUUUGACAAAAGCAUUUCUUACUCUAAAUUUUUAAAAGAUUUACAAUUAGGAAUAGCCGUCAACUUAGCUUUGCACCUAGACGGGAGACAGUGGCCGUCUUUAAAAGUACCGCUGAAGGCCUCUAAUAGCCGGAAAUGACAUGAAAACGAUGCAAAAAUUCUAAAUUCAGACCGAGUUGAAGAGUAAAAGUUAACACUUCCACAUUCUGAGUUUCAAGGAGUGAUGGUGAAUACGUUGCAGGAUAUUCAUGCUGGAUUCUAGGCUUUAAAUCCAGUGACAUAACUGUUAUUUUCUCCUUCCUGAUUCUCCAGAAAGGCAUAAAAUGAGCUUGAUUUCCUGCCAUCACAUUACAUGGUAGAUUAGCGUAUCGUGUUAGAAGUCUGCACCGGUGCCAGGAGACGACGACGAGCUCGUCUUUCGUCGGCUGGAGCGUGUGAAGAGUUUGUGUUCCCGUCGUGUCCCACUGUCAAACGGGCCGGUCGUCACGGUGACCGGUCCAGCCGCCGGUCCCAGGUGACGACACAGUCGUUUUGAAGUGGGCAAAAUGAGUUCGCUCAAAGGUAGAAAUGGAUUUGUCUGCUUCACAGACUUUUUCAAAACCUCUUGAUGUCAAUUAAUCAAACCACGACUAAAAGAAAAGAAACAAUGAAAAACAGAGACGUAAACAAAAAUCUCAUGUCCUGCAGCAGCGUCUCUUUAAUAUUCCACAUCUUUUGUCACCCACUGCUUAAAUUACUGUUGCAACAAGCUCAGAGAAAUUCAUAUUCAUGUUUUAUUUUGUAAACACACUCGUGAAAAAAAAGUCUGAGUAGAUAUUAACAUGAAUAAGUCACGCAAAGGCCUGAAAGUUGGAGAAACGGACGGGACACAUGAAUAAAAUUGGGCUUGAAAUCAGAUUUUAGGGAAUCUAAAGUGACUAGCAACUUAAAAAUACCAACUAAAAUCAUCUUGUCACUUCGUUUAGGGCCGCCUAAAUCAGAACGUGCAACUCUGAGAACUGUUCAACAUGAUUACAGGGUCAUUAUGUUUCCAGAAGUCGAGUAGUAAUACCGUUAGCUGAGUCUCUGUUAUUCAUUAUUUAGGAAGCAAGUUGUGUUUUUUUAUUUUUGCAGUUAUUCACUCAUCUUUGCAGUAACACUCUAAAAGAUAGUAAAACUAUAGUUUUACUAGAUAGAUAAAACAGUCCAGUAUUUGGGGUCAACUUCGUCACAACUGGCACUAACUUUUUAAUAAAUGCACCAAAACGUAAAACCCUUCCCUUAAGAUAUCCCAAAAUGACCAGAAGUAAAGAUAUAAAUAACACAGUAAUACAAGUGUUACACCGUGCGCUGCUAUUCAGAUGCUCUGCACUAAAUAAUUAAAAGGAUACAUAGAAUUCAGUCCGGUGAAAGCAGACACAUACUCCAUCAACGCUCACAGUGAUGUAGUUCAUGUCUUACGGCAACGAGCGUAUCAGUAAAGCCAAUAAGCACGCAGGCGGCAGAUUGCUCGGACUGCAGCGCUGCUUAAGGUACAAAGGUCAAGCUCACGUCUGCAGACAUCUGCAGCUGCUGCUGCUGCUGCUGCUGCUGCUGCUGCUUUCACAUUCGGCACGUUUUUUUAUACCAGCAUCCAAAUUUAGAAGUUGCAAAUGGCCAUCGAGCCGUUCCUGAAUCGAUACACAAUUUGUUGGCUCGGAGUGCUCCGCGCGCUCCGUAGCCGUUAGCUGUUUGGUACAUUGCGUUAUAUAUCGGGGAGCAAUGUAAUGAACAUCAUCCUUCAUUCUUGCUGCAGUAUAGAUUUUCAUAUGCAGAAUAUCUCUCUUCCAUGCACAAUUCUGAGGCAGUAUUAUUGUAUAGAAACUUUUCUGUUUGAUGUUUACAUUUUUUUUUUCUCCUCUUAUUUUUGGAUGUAAUGUGGGCUGCAUGUUUGCUUACUUGAUAAAUGUACUUUUGUAUGAUUCUCUGGUGAAUUAAAACUGGAUUCCAAACGUU